CAUCAUCACGCAUUAACCCCCCAUUACAUUCGCAAUUCUCAACCCAAACCUCAUCACCUUCGCCGAAACAGAACAAAGGCUCACGCAAACACACACACAACCCUCCAAAAACCACCCACCGCGAUCUCUGAUCUCUCUCUAAGCUAAGCAAUUUUUUUAUUUCCCCAGUCACACAAUUUCCCAUACAUACCUUGUUGCUUGAUAAUUUUAAGCGACGAUCGAUAUGGUGAGAGCCUGGCACUGCUUUCCACCAUCAUCCCCUUGUUGGGUGCUCCUCCGUCAACCGCCACAGCCACAUUAAUUCCCUGGCUCUGUGAUUUUUCUGUUUGGUGCGACCAAACUCAAUCGGAGAAGCCAGCAGCGAAGGUGCAGAGCCAAAUGCUCGAUUCGGUUCUGUUGGCGCUCUUUCUGCCAUGCCUUGGCAUGAGCGCCAUCUUUACAGUCUACAUGUGCCUUCUCUGGUACGCCACCACCCGUCACUCGGCUGACAGGCUACCGGUUAAGCCAGUCUCUGAGAAGGGCCUCUCCUCCUCUGACUUGGAAAAGCUACCGAAAAUCCCCGGUAAGGAACUGGUCAUGGGCUCCGAAUGCGCCGUCUGCCUCGAUGAGAUCGAGAACGAGCAACCGGCUCGCCUGGUUCCUGGUUGCAAUCACGGGUUCCAUGUUGAAUGCGCUGAUACCUGGCUCUCCAAGAACCCGCUAUGUCCGGUUUGUAGAGCCAAGCUUGACCCUCAGCUUUUCACUCCUCAGAGCCAUUGCUGAAUCUGGAAACAAUGCAAUCUUCCCUUCAUUUUCUCCGUCUUCCUCCUUCCCAGUAAUUACAGGCUUAGCUUGCCAUCAUUAAAAUAAAAAUAAAUAAAUAAAUAAAAAUGAAGGAACGGAAAGAUUAAAUUUUAAGAGCCAUAGAAGCCGCCAUUUACAUUAUAGCCUUAAUUUAUUUGUUAUUGUGUAGUCACUAGUGUUAUGUUAGGGGUCGUUUGUGAGUGACUAUGGUAACGUAGCGCCGAAAGCACAUUCUUUUCUCUCUUGGGAGGUUGUCGCUAUCACUGAUCUUGGAGAGGGUUGAACGUGCGGAGGAGGUUGGCGAGGUGGAGAUUCAUAAACUUUAUUAAUUACUGGUAGUUUAAUUUCUUAUUAAUUUGUCAAUUUAUUUAUUGUUAUUAUUAUUAUUAUUAAUUGGAUGUGGUUGAUGUGUAAUGUGUUCGAGAAGCUUUCCAGAAUUUGUUGCCUUUAUUAUUGUUAUUACUGCUUCCUACUUUUUAAUUUUUAUUCCCCCUUCCAACAAAAGAAAUUUAUUGCAUGCAAAAGGGGUGUUUACUCUGGCAUAGCAUAAUUGUCAUGAAUAGAGGGUGGAAGAGGACAGAGAGCGGGAAAUUCACGCAAACACGUAGUCCUUCAGGUUUCGUCGAAGCAAGUGUUUGUUGGGUUGGGCCGUGAACUGAACGAUUUCAUGUUCUUUUCGUAAUGAUCACAGAGAAGCUCGCCGUGAUUUUGAUUGCAGUUUGAUCUUAUCAAAAGCACAACUAGGUGCCAGCUAGAUAAAAUUAAUAUUAUUAAUUUAUACAUGUUA